GGUGAUUGACGGCGCCGAUCGCACCGCCCUCGCCGCAGCCGCCGCCGCCGCCCGGUGUGGAGCCCGGCCGCUGCUCGCGGGCUGCGCUCUGCCACCGCCGUCUCCUUCACCACCGCCGCCAUGGACCUGUUCGGGGACCUGCCGGAGCCCGAGCGCUCGCCGCGUCCGGCCGCUGGGGAAGACUCUCAGAAGGGACCCCUGCUCUUCGACGACCUCCCUCCGGCCAGCAGUACUGACUCAGGACCAGGGGGACCUUUGCUUUUUGAUGAUCUCCCACCUGCUGGCAGCGGUGAUUCAGGUGCUCCGGCCACUCCGGUCUCCCUGUUGGGAAAGAACCAAGGGAAGGGGGCUAAAAGGAAACCCUAUGAAGAGGAGAAGAAUGGCAGUGAAGAAGAGCUUGUGGAAAAGAAAGUUUGUAAAGCCUCUUCGGCAAUCCUGGGCCUGAAAGGCUAUGUGGCUGAGCGGAAGGGUGAGCGGGAGGAGAUGCAGGAUGCUCACGUCAUCCUAAAUGACAUCACGGACGAGUGCCGGCCCCCCGCCUCCCUCAUCGCGCGCGUGUCCUACUUUGCUGUGUUUGAUGGACAUGGAGGGAUUCGAGCCUCAAAAUUUGCGGCACAGAAUCUGCAUCAGAACUUGAUCCGGAAAUUUCCAAAAGGGGAUGUGGUCAGUGUGGAGAAGACCGUGAAGAGGUGCUUGCUGGACACAUUCAAGCAUACCGACGAGGAGUUUCUCAGACAGGCGUCUAGCCAGAAGCCUGCCUGGAAGGACGGGUCCACUGCCACGUGUGUCCUGGCCGUUGACAACACUCUCUAUAUCGCCAACCUCGGAGACAGUCGGGCGCUCCUGUGCCGCUACAAUGAGGAGAGUCAGAAGCAUGCAGCCCUGAGCCUCAGCAAAGAGCACAACCCCACCCAGUAUGAGGAGCGCAUGCGGAUCCAGAAGGCCGGGGGCAAUGUCAGGGAUGGGCGUGUCCUAGGAGUGCUGGAGGUGUCCCGCUCCAUCGGGGACGGGCAGUACAAGCGCUGUGGGGUUACCUCUGUGCCCGACAUCAGACGUUGCCAGCUGACCCCUAAUGACAGGUUCAUUUUGCUGGCCUGUGACGGCCUCUUCAAGGUCUUCACCCCAGAAGAAGCUGUGAAUUUCAUCUUAUCCUGCCUCGAGGAUGAGAAGAUCCAGACGCGGGAAGGGAAGCCCGCCGUCGACGCCCGCUAUGAGGCGGCCUGCAACCGGCUGGCCAGCAAGGCAGUACAGCGGGGCUCGGCAGACAACGUCACGGUGAUGGUGGUGCGCAUCGGGCAGUGAGGCGCAGGCCCGCG